AUGGAUUGUUGUGUUUUAGUUUAUGUUCUCACUAAUUCUGAAGAUGUAAAAGCUAAUAAAGAACUAGAUGAAUACUUUUUUAAUUAUUUGCCAGAAGCUGCUCAAUCAAACAUUCCUUUUAUUUUAGUAGGAACAAAUUUCCAUUUAAUAAAACAAAAAGAUGAUGAAUAAUAGAUAAAUUUAUAAAGAAAUGUAUCAUCUUUUUAAGUGAAAUUAAAAGACACAAACUCUGAUCAGAAAAUGUUACUUCAAAUCUUAUUAGCAAAGAUUUUACAUCUAUGUUGGAUGAAGAUAUUGAAAAAAUAGAUAAAUUAAUAGCUUCAAUAAGGUCAUGUUAGAACAAUGUUCAUAAAAUGUAUACCGAUAUGA